AUGUCCUCCAGCAGCAUCAUCGCCCUUGACGUCAGCUUCAACCGGCUAAAUGGAACGCUGCACGAGCUGCCGUCUUCGAUCACCACAGACCGGCCUCUGCAGGUACUCAACGUCUCAAGCAACCAGUUCAGCUUAGAACUUCCAUCAGCCACAUGGAAGAUGAUGAAGAACCUAAUCGCGUUCAACGCCAGCAAAAACAGCUUCACUGGGCACAUACCGUCUUCUCUUUGCCUUGGCUCGCCAUCUUUGGCUUUGCUUGACCUCUGUCACAACCAAUUAAGUGGCGACAUUCCGAACACACUGGGUAAUUGCUCCAAGCUCAAAGUGCUCAAGGCUGGCAACAACCACCUAAGUGGGAUUCUCCCUGUUGAAAUCUUCCACGCUACCUCGCUGGAGUACCUCUCCUUCCCCAACAAUGGUUUGCAAGGAGAACUUGAUGGAGCACAAAUGGUCAAACUCAGUAAUCUAGCUACUCUUGACCUUGGAGAGAACCACAUCAGUGGCAACAUCCCAGAAUCGAUAGGUCAGCUCAGGAGGCUGGAGAAGCUCCAUUUGGGUAACAACAACAUGCCUGAGGAGCUGCCAUCAACUAUGGGCAACUGCACAAAUCUCAAAACCAUCGAUCUGAAGAUCAACAACUUCAGUGGAGAUCUAGGCAAGGUAAACUUCUCAACCCUGCAGAAUCUAAGAAGUUUAGAUCUCAUGAGGAAUCGUCUCGGUGGCAUAGUGCCAGAAAGCAUUUACUCAUGCAGCAUGUUGACUGCACUGCGGCUGUCGGGCAACCAUUUCCAUGGUGAGAUAUCACCAAGAAUAGGCAAUCUGAAGCAUCUGUCCUUCCUAUCACUUGGUAGUAACUCCUUUACAAAUAUCAUGAAAGCUUUGCAUGCCCUUAAGAGCUGCAGGAACAUCAGCAAAAAUAAGUAA